AGUCAAUGCGGAUUGUAACGUGUGAUAGUGCUAAGCUAACUCUUUCGGUGUUUUAGAAAGAAAAUAUGGGUGCUUAUUGUUGCGUUACCGGGUGCAACAGCGUCUCCUACGACAAAAAAGGGGUUAGGAAAAAUGGACUCACUUUUCACCGUUUUCCUGCAUGGAGGACCAAAUAUCAGAUCACGAAGGUACGACGGAUGGCUGGAUUGCAGCGGUUCGUCGGAAAAGCAUUUCUUAUGAUCAUAUUUCUGCUGGAAUGAGAGUGUAUUCCCCUCAUCUCUACUCUUGAAAACCUGCAUAUGAAAUGCUGACAACACAUCCCGAUUGGUCACCAUAUCUCUUCUUGGGUUAUUCUGAGGUCAAGCGCACCACAUCGGAGCGUUGAGAGGUUGGAAAGGCGAAGAGUGCACGCUGAAACUUCAGUUUGCUCUGCUCUUACAAACACGAUCCCAAGUGUUAUGAAAAGUCAAUAAAAUAUGAAUACCAAAACAUGACUUGAACAACUUCUUGACAAACUGUAACUGCUUGUUGUUUACUUCAGGUCUUCAUAAUAAACAGGUGUAAUAAUUACAAAGUCAGGUGACUUAAUUUUGUUAUUCUAUUUGGAAUAUGCAUUGACAAUUUUUGGACAGUGUUGUAGACAAGAACUGGGACUGAUAAGUUGCAAUAGAUUUAUUUCAAGUAAUGCAAUUUCUCCAAUACGAUAUUUGAAUUGACAGUUUAAAAUCUUUAAAUUAGUGCAAACAAGGCCCACCCUCUGACGGUGGCAGCAAAUAUUAUAUAAGUAAUACACAAAUACAAGAUCACAAUAAACGUGUCUUUGUCAAAGCAGUUUAAAACACUAUUUACUGGCCUUGGGUAAAUUGCCAGACAGGAUAAAUAUGUGCUUUAAAGUUCUUGCAUUUCCAUUUUAAGUAUUGCAAGUACUAGUCUCCAACACAGUAUUUGAACUGACAGUUUAAAAUCAUUUUAGUACAAAAUGGCCCACACUCUGGCAGGGGGCAGCAAAUAUUAUAAUACAUAAUACAUUAUAAAAAGCUAUAUACUAUAUAAAUACAAGAUCACAACAAAACCUGUAUUUUUCAAAGCAGUUAAAAAACAUCCAGUGGCCUUAGGUAAAUAAAGGUGUAUAAAUAUGUACUUUACAGUUCUUGCAUUUCUAUUUUAGGUAUUGCAACUUUUCCAACACUAUUUGAAUUGACAGUCUGAAGUCUACAUAAGUGCAAAUAAGAAUAUUAUAAUUUAAAAAUAAUAAUAGAAUAUAUAAAUUCAACAUUACAAUGAAAGGUGUCUUUGUCAAAGUGGUUAAAAAAAAAAAAAAAAAAGUCACUGGCCAUAGUUAAAUAGCCAGGCAGAAUAAAUAUGUGCAUUAAAGUUCUUGCAUUUUCACAAGUUAAAAGCCCGCAGUUCAUCGACGAGAAGGGCAGACCCAGAUGGCGUCUGCUGCAGGGGCUUGUUUGAGUCCGACACAGGACAAAUGGAACCACUCCAUUGAACAAAUUUUCUUUGUCAAAUGAUCCAAGAAGAGAGAUGGUGACCAAUCGGGAUGUGUUGUCAGCAGGAUACCUAGGAACACAACAGGCUUGACUCAACAAGAUGGCGCUCGUGUCAGAGUUCCUGGGUCAGCUGACGCUGGCGUACGGCGAGGAGCCCGAGCCGAUGUAUCCCACUGUGACGGCCGUCCGAGACUUUGACCCGAUCGGCGACGCCGCACGACUGGAUGCAGCACUCAGGACCAAAGGUGUGGACGAGCAAAGUGUCAUCGACAUUCUGACGCGAAGGUCCUUCGAGCAGCGGCGAGAGAUCGCCUUCGAGUAUGAACGCCUCGCCAAGAAGGACCUCCAGACAGCACUGAAGGGGGCGCUGUCAGGAUCUUUGGAAGCAUUGAUGCUGGGACUGAUGAAAAGCCCUACCCACUACAGCGCCCUGGAGCUCAAAGCUGCUGUCAAGGGUCUGGGAACCGACGAGGAGACGCUGAUCGAGAUCGUCUGUUCCCGAAACCGCCAAGAAAUGAAUGAUAUCCAAAAAGCCUACCGAGAACUGUUUAAGAAAGAGCUGGAGAAAGACAUAGCAGGAGACACGUCGGGAGAUUUCGCAAAGCUGCUGCUCGCUCUCGUCCAGACCGAACGAGACCGACCUUCCAACGUGGUGGACUACGAGAAGAUUAACCACGACGCCAAAAGCCUCUACGAUGCUGGCGUCAACCGCAAAGGAACCGACGUGGACGUGUGGAUCUCCAUCCUGACACAAAGGAGCGCCGCCCACCUACAGAGAGUUUUUGACCGCUACAACAGCUAUAGUCCAUACGACCUGAAGGAGAGCAUCCGAAAGGAGGUCAAAGGCGACCUGGAAAAGUCUUUCCUGACUCUUGUGGAGUGUUUAGAAAACAAGCAGGCGUACUUCGCCGACAGACUCAAUGAGGCCAUGAAGGGCAAAAGCGCCAAGGAGAAAGUCCUUACUCGUAUCCUAGUGUCUCGAUGCCAAGUGGACCUGAUGAAGAUCAGACGGGAGUUCAAGAAGCGACACGGCCGCUCGCUCUACCGCGCCAUCAGUGAGCACACCAAGGGCGACUACCAGAAGGCAUUGCUCAGUUUGUGCGGAGGUGACGACUGAGUUCGCCGGACUUCAUGUGACACUCGUCUCCUGUGAAACACUCCGCAAGUCAAAAACAGCUUUCUGCUGCUUAAUGUGACCACAAGAGGCUGGUAGCGAGGUCCUCGAAGGACAUUUGCUUCACUUACUCAUUCAUGUGCCAUAAACUAAUGAACCAGAAAUAAUUGUUCUUGUCCAUUCAUGCGCGUGACUGCGAUGGCUUCACCUGACCAUGUGCUGCAUAAAUAUUGUAUAUUCACUGUUGUGUUCUGCAUACAGAACAGAAAAAUCAAUGCACCGCACUUGUUUUUCUCCUAUUUCGAACAAAUAAAAGAGCUCUCCUGUGAGCGCCAGCCAUGGGCCUGCUUGUCUUGAAUGUCUUGCCUCCUCCGUCUUU